GUUAAAAUACAGUUGUGGGUAUGAGGACAAACGGCAAGAGCCUCAUCGCUUUGUUAAUGACUGAAAACAUUUAGUGGACUGACUGGACCAUUUCAGAUACUGAUACUGAUACACAGAAGGAUUUUAUCUUUAUAAGUUAACAUCAAAUGGUAAGUUUUGUAACCACAAAGUGUAUUUAGAUUCAAAGAAGCUCACUAUAUCUGUGGAUUAGACAUGUUCAUGCUUUCAUUUUGUUUUGCAGGAUCAGCUGUUUUCAAAUAGGUGAGGCGCUUAACUCUUUUUCCUGACGUGGGAGCCAGAGCUGUGCACAGGUCAGCAUGUGAAAUACAACAUGAAAUACAGCAGUGCUACUUUUCAUAUUUAAAGGAAGCAUUUUAAAAGGUCUUGAGAUAAGAUACUCAAACAUGUUUAAAAUUUGUCAGGUCUUAUUUUAUCUCAUAAAAAAACAUUAUUUACCAUCAAUUGUCAAUGAAUCACAACAGAGUGCUUUAGAAAUUCCCUACUGGUGGUCAUGACUUACUGCAUAUUCAAAGCCUUUUGUAUAAACAGGCAGCAUGUAAUGCAUACUAUUAUUUUCAGAGUAAAACAGGGCCACAUAUGAGGAUUUAGCUACACAAAAGCUAGGUGAACUGAUCCAAGGUGUUAUUUCAACAUGUGCCACUUACUGGUUUUAUCAGUUCACUAAGGCUUUUGUUGGUCACAGUGUGGAUUAUUGACUCAGUUCCUUACCUUGGUGCUGUAAUAAAGUAAUAUAAAAACAGGGAAAAUUAAACAUCAAAUUUAAUAUUAAUAAGGUAUUAGUUCUAAAUAAAACAGAAUAUUAUCAAUAAACCUGAAGCAGUAUUUUGUUUUUGGAAUUGGCUCGUUUUGUCCAUUAUUAGUGUAAUUACAUUUUAAACCAGUUACUGAUUAAAAAAACAUCAUAUCUGAAACAGCCUUAACAAGAUAUUUAGAUGAGAAAGAAUCUGCAACAUGACCUCGUUAGAAAUUAAAAUGAAAAGAUACAAAGGAAGUUGGAAAUUCAAGCCAUGUAGAAAAAAAGUUACCCCCAAGAAAUACUUAAUUUUCCUUUUUACCAAGCUGUGCACUUUUUUUCUCUUUAAGCCAACAUGCAUGUCAAAAACCCUGAAACCUUUUACCUACUAUCCCUUUCAUUAAUCUGGUUAAGAAAAUACUACAAUGUCCAUCGCAUGCUGAGGACCAAAUUAAUAAAUAAUGACCUGCUUGGCUCUUGACAUACACAAAGGGAGUCCUGUUGAAUAUGGGUGCCAAAGCUUGGCUCAGCCUCUAUCUGUCAUGGCUGUCUGGAUAUUUAAUAAUGUCUCAAGUGCAUGUACGGGAACUCUUCCUGGACCUCUUACAGCUCAACCAGCCAUGUAAAAGAGGAGGAAACCUCCAGCUCCACACUCAGUGUCACUCACUGACAAGACUAGGUUUUUUCUACUGGAUACUGGCAUCUAUAGAGGAGAACAGACCACUAAAGAUUGUGGGUGAUAGUACUUUUCCUUUACGACUAAGACCAGCUAUAACGUGUGUCUAAAUGAUUCAUAUGAACCCAGUUUGUCAAUAUGUAUUCACCAGGACAGUUUGAGUAAAGUGUUCAACUUUGACAGGAGCGGACCUUUAGGAGACACGCUCAGAAGUAAAUUGCUUUUGGGACCUCUCUGACUCACCCAGAGAUACAGUUGCUGUCACACUCACAGGAAGCUAAGUGAAUUAACAGUGACCAUUAGACACUUAAUAAUUAAAAUGUUUUAAUAAUGGCACAGAGGAAGUCACUUUAACUGCAUUAACAUUACAUGAUCAUUGUUUUCAAUCUCAUUAACUGAGGGAACACGGACCAGUGAUACAUUAAUGUUUGAGGCCCAAAACCAAGCGGGACAGUAACCAGGUGUGAUGUCAGAGAUAAGGGCGGCCCUGGGAUAGAUGACUUCAAGUGGGUAAUUCAGAGACCGCAGGUUUCUUUUGUGAAUUGGUUUAUCUCUAAGGCCACCUAACAGAGAUUAAAAUCUAUUCUCUUUUUUGCAUAAUAAUCUUCCUUUGUUUCUCAAAGUCCGGCUUUCAAACUAAAAGGGUUCCUUUGGGCACAAAAGCAUAAAUAUUACUUUUCAUGAAGAAGAAGAAAAAUAAAUUAUUUUACAUUAAAUUUUACAUCUUAUAAAUUAUUUUUUAAACAAAAUAUAGCAGUUUUCUAUUGUCCCUCUAUUUUUCUUAAUGGUUCAUCCAAUAAUAUGAAAAGCAAUGCCAGGAUUGUGCCCUGUAACAGAUUCUUGUCUUUUCUGUAUAGAAACAUAAUUUCCAAGGAAAGUAUAAAGUCAAAUUUACAAAAUUAUUUUAGCAAUCCAACAUACUUUUUAAAUAUUUUGUUUUUUGCUAGCAUGACCUUUAGGUAAUUAGGUUUACUGACUUAAAAAAGGAUACAGAAAGUUCUUCAGUUGUCUUCUGUGUCUGUCACAAUCAAAACCUACAGUACCCAAAUUUGGACAACAUACAGUAUCCGACUUUAUUUACUUAAUAUGAUUCAAAAACUGUUUGUCUUAAGACUACCUUUAUCCUUGAUUCUGCUUUUAAUUUAUUUUAUCUGGUUAGGUCCACAAUCAGAGUCAGUUCAUUAAAAUGUUUGUGUGUCAUGAGAUAUCCACCACAGAGGAUCACCUCUUUUAUUUUCCACCUGAAACAGAAAUUAAAGGUGAGUGAAAGUGAGUGAAGUUACAAAGGGAAACUAAUUUUGUUUUGGGUCUCCAGUAUUUUCAGAAAAGUUGAUUAAAAAGUAUGCCAGAGGAACAGUACAGACUUUAAGUUUUCUGAGUGCAGCAGUACAAAAAAUCCAUAUAUUGCCCAAGUUGUAACCUUGGUUCAUGAAAACUGAACCCAAUGCAAAAGGGCAAUUAUUACUUUCUAAUUUCCUUGAAGCAGCAAUCACCAUAUUAAUCAUUUUGCAUUGCAGAUGCGGUAGUUCUUCUGCAUUAGCGUCUGUCUGAUUGCAUUUCCAUGAAGAAAUGAUCAUAAAUGUUCCUCCUUGAGUUGCUUCACCCCCGCUGCAGUAAUGAACUCGCCUGAGGCCUCUGUACAAACAAGCGGCUGCUGGAAGAGAGUAGGUGAGUUGGGUUUAGUCUCUUUGUUAAAGAAAUCAGGCAAAGUUAAAAAGAUGUUUGGUGGCUAGUGCUAUGGCUGGGACCCUCUGUGUACUGUUGAUGAAGUUAGGUGCUGUUCUGAGUAUUAUUUGUGGCUAUAGAGUGGUGUUUUGGUUGAGCUUGUGGCUCUCUGUAUUGCUAUCGCGUGGUCGUUCCUUAAGUUGGUAUAACUAGAGAAGCAAGCGGUCUUGAUAAGUAUCUUGGAAUAAAUAUUAACCCGAGAUUAACUUUAUUCUAUGUUAGCUGUCACCAGUGCAGUGAAGAUGAACUUAGAUGUAUUAUCAAUGUUACAGCUUAGAGAAAAUGAACCACUGGAACGUCUUUGAUGUUUUUAACUGUGUGACAUAAAAAGACAUCUAGGAUUCACACUUAAGUGGUUUUGUUUGUGAACAUUGUUCCUUUCAGAGUGUGUGGAAGUGAUUUUGAGCCCUGCCAUAUGGCCCAGAACAGCUGGUUAUAUGUUAAAAAGGGUCAGUCUCAUUGAGAACAAAUAGAUGCGGGGAGCACGCCUGCAUUACUGCUGCGGUGUGACAGAUUCAGAACACGUCUCACACAGGACACUCUUUCAGGACCCUCUGAAGCAGAGAGAAAAAUACAAAUAAAUUAUACAUCACUCUUUAAAAAGCUUCUCAGGUUCUCUUUUUCAAACAUAUUUCUUAAGUGCACAGGAUCCAGAGAUUCGCCUGGUGGAAGGAAUACACUCAGGAGACUGUUGCCAUGGCUACAGAAGUUUUUUUUUUUCAUUUACAUUUUUUUUUUCUCUGCGCCUUCUCCUCAGAUGCUUGUUCUGGUUCUUGGGAUAAAAGUGGGUCAACAGCGGAAAAAAUGGGAAGAAACUGAAACAAGAGAUUGUGAGUGACCAAGCUUAAUCACUUCAGUCCUCUGGAGAUACAAUAUUAAUUAUUAAGUCUGUUUUUACUAAAUGCAAAUCACCUUUCUAAUCAAAUAAAAUGACCCUCUAUAAACUGUGAGCGGAAAUGAAGUAAGAAACAAAUCACUGUGUAUGAGCGCACUCUAAAGUAUCUUUAGCUUUGUGUUUGUGUGUGUGUGUUUGAGAUAGAAAAGAAAAUUGAGCAUAAACACUGAUAAUUUCUCUUGUUGCUCGUGCAUAUGUCAUGAGCAAUCAGACAAAGACGUACGCUAGUUAGUCAUCUGAUAAACAUGAGGACACAAUCGUGAUAGUCCCUUGAGAGAUGGGUCUCUGCACCACUCUGUGCUCCAAAGAAGUGAAUCAAAUAACCUGCAGAACAUCCGAGUUAAUUCAGCGCUCCGACAUGUAAGAGUGUAGUUAUGCAUGACUUGUUACAUGGGGGCUAAAUUAGCAAACAUUUGGAGUAAAAAGCCUAACUCUUGAGGGAAAUGGCUGCCAUACAGUUAGUUCAGCCUUAUUCAAAAUCCAUGUACAUAUUCAUAUUCAGUGUUUUGCUUCUGCCACUAAUGAAUAAACAUCCUAACCAAACAUUUACUGCAUCUUUCAUGCAUCUGAUAGACACAGUCAUUGAUAUGUGUGUUCAAACUGAGUCACAAAGUCAAACAUUUAAAGCCUACAAACUAUGCUGCUAUUUUUAUAAAGGUAAAUUGUUUUUCUCAGCUUAUGAGUAAUGAGAUUUUUUUAUUGUUGCAUGCACAGAAAUUAGGAAGGCAAUGACCAUGUUCGAGUUUGAUUUACUGUAUGAACAUUGUGACGUGUGCUGCUGACCUCUUGGCCAGGUCACCCUUGUAAAUGAGAUCUCGAUCUCAAUGGGUUUUUUCUUACCUGGUUAAUUAAAGGUUAAAUAAAAAAAAUAAAUUAAUUAAUUAUGCCCCAGCUAGAUGCUGAAUUCGCCCUAAGCUGCAGUCCUGCAUUCAAACACAAUCUAAAAAAAUAUGGUGAGGAAAUUGAUUAAUGACUUAAUUAGCAGUGCUAACUGCAUGAAAUCCUCAUUUAACUCUUAAAUAUCUCAGUAAAUAAUGCAUCCAUGUAGAAAUAGCUGAAAUCUGUUCGUCAUUCACAAGCAUUGCAACAUUUUAUCUUAAUGAACUGUCUGACUCAACUCAACUCAACUCAAGCUUUAUUUAUUGAGCACUUUAAAAACAACCGAAGCUGACCAAAGUGCUGUACAGGUCAAUAAGACACAGCAAAAUACAUAAAACAGACAGUAAACAAUAUGAUCAAAAACACAGAAUACAAGAUUAAAAUACAGCCAAGUACACUUAAAACUGUCCUUUGUACUCUUUUUACCUAACCAAGAGGUAUUGGCCUGUUCAACAUUUUUCCCAUUUCCCAAAAUUCUCCAAUAAUUUUCCUGAAAUUCCUCCUAGUUUGCAGAAAAAAACACACACCAGACCCUCUCAGAGUCUGCCUACAGUGCAGACACUGAAAUUAGUGGUGCUCAAUCCCGUUAGUCUUUAUCGUCGUCUGACCGUGCAGCCUGGGCUAAAUCACAAUCAGUGUCCCGGCCGGAGCUCAGGGUGUCUGCCAGCGCGUGCUGGGGCCCUGCAACAUUUCCAUCUGGCGCCUGGGGAGUCGCACAUCAAUUGCUCUCAGCUAAAUGCACUCACAUAUGAAUAUUUCAGUACAAUUUAAUGUUUCAGCUACAGCCCCAAAGGAGCAGAGCAUCAAUUUGUGAACACAGUUCUCCUGGAGUUAAAAGCCAGGCCGGAUAAUACAGUAUGAAAGGCCCUGUCAAUCUAGAGGGCCUUUAUUUUUUUCACUCUAGAGAAAGAAAAAAAGUCCACCCCCUCUGCCUUCAGUAUGCAGUCAACUGCUUCACAAAGUUUCCUCUGGAAAGAAGCCGACUGUGGCAGCAGUGGGCAGAUUUUGGUUCACCACAAACACCGGCUGAUUUGCCAAGCUUGGUCAGUUUUCCCAGAGCUCUGCUAGUCUGCCAUUUGGUCUCCACAUGCUUACACACACACACUCACAGACAGACACGCACACAGCUGGUGGAGGGAGUGGGUCAGGGAGUCGUGCACCUGCUGUCCUGUUAAUAAAAUACCCCAAAGUGAUGCUGAAACCUCUUCCUUCACACAGCAAAGCUUUCCUUAGGUGUGAGAACACGAGUGCCGAACAAAACAGGCAGAUUAUGACACAAGUGAAUGAAACAGCUGGUCAGUAUGUAGAGCUCUGUGCAGCACAUAGAGUAGACUCAUGAACAUCACUGCAAGUUUAGUGGACUAUGCAUCAAAAUUUGGUGUAUUUAAAAGUAACAAAAAAGUCAAAAUACUUCAGGAUUUUAGUGAGUACAAACCCAAAAUCAUUCAAAGAUGCAAAGAAAACGGCAAAUCCUCAUAUUUGAGAAGCUGGAAAAAUGGCUCCCAAGUCUAUUUUAGUCUCCAAUAUUCACACAAUUGCAUUCCAUCAAUCUAUAAAUAUAUUAUUCAACUAACUGUUUCACUCUAUCCUUAAAGAACUUUUUGCAUUAUUUAGAAAUAAUAUCUCAAGACAAGAGUGAUUGCAUUCAUAAAGAGGUAGACCCAAAACUAGAAAGAAGCUCCUUUGAACCCUAACAGCUGUAUUUGAGCUUUAACUUGCAUAAUAUUCACUGUUUCAAUUGUUCUUAUCAAACUCAAAAGUAAAACUUUCAGGCCUCUUAAAGGUUGAGCAGAGAAGUACACUCAGUUUCAUCAUGUUCGGAGGUGUCACGCUCUGCAGUGGGUGUUUGCACAGCCUGAACGGUCCAAACAGAGAAGCCGCCUUCCUCAUGUAAGUGACACAGCAUCGUGUUAAAGCUGCUGAUGAGCAACAAGACCGCUGCUCUGCUCUGGUGAGGGAGGCUGAUAAUAAAAUACAAGAUGUGUAUUUGUAAAAUAAAACAGUUGGCUGACAGUUACACUAAUAUGGUAAUAAUGGCACAGGUUCUUCAGCCCAACAAUGCGCAGCUGCCCCGGGGCACAGAUCAAAAAUUAAUUCUAAUUAUCAUGUGAAUACUGCAUUAACUCCGAAGAAUGAUAAAUUAUAAAUCUGCAACAUGGUUCUCCUCUCAGAGCGGCUUCGCUCGCAUGAUGAUGUGAUUUUUUUUUUUCUUGCUGAGGCUUUUUUGAGACACUGGCACAAAGUAAAUAACUGGGCAUGCACACAUACCAUCACAGUUUAUCAAAAUAAUCAUUUUAAUAUGUGGCUUUUACUUAACACCUGGACUAUUUGUCUUUCAAGUAAUCAAAAAUAGUCAGAGGGGGUUUCUGCGCAUACAUUUUCACUGUCAUUUAACAUUAGUGCUUUUAUUAAUUUCUUUUUCGUCUGACUUUACCUAUAAGAAAGGAUUAAAAGCACUUAAAGCCAGCUCACUUUAGGUCCUGGUAAAUCAUUUAGAGCUCUGAACAAGACAUCAACUGCAUAUAUAGCUGUCCGCUGUGUCAAAUGGGAGAAAAGCAGCAUCUUCAGCAGCUCAACAUGUCUAAACUGUAUUUCAGAAGAGAUGGUGAUAAAAAACAACACUUGCACACACAAGCUGCAUGAUUACAGAUGUAAGCAUGCCAACUACAAACACACAGUUGGGUGCAGACUGAGGAAAAAAGGCCCUUACAUGCCAGAAUUAACAAACUAAAUACAGUCAAGGCGAGAUGCCUGCAAUAAUCAGUUUAUUAGUAAACUUGUAAAGAAACGUGAACUUGUGACGGUUGUUUUGACCUAAUCUUGAAUAGGAAAAAAACAUAAAUACUAGUUGAAGCGAGUAGGAAACUUUGAUUUCUAAUAAGAAUUAAUGUGCAAUUGUUGCACUGACUUGUGUUGUUUUUGCUCAAAUAAUAGUUAUUUAACAUUAACAGCAUACAAAAGCUCUGCUACAUGUAUGUUCAGUACUUGAUCUCGAAGGUUCUAGGACUAUGAAUUACUGCCAUAAAAAUAUCAACAACAACAACAAAGAUAUGAAUCGGCUCAAGAUUAAAACUAUAGGACUCUAGGGACACUCCAACCAUAGUUAUAAUGAAGUCUGUGUUUAUUUUAAAAACAAAAUGGGAAAAUGCUGCCCUGUGUAAAUGGAACAAAAAUAGCAGCCUUGAUUUUGGUUAUUGUACCUCUUGAUUUUACAGCUUAGUACAGGUGAGUUCGGGUGUGUUGUUGGAAGGUCAAACAAAUCAAAAGAACUUUAUUUAUCUGUUAGAAAUAAUAGUAAUAAAAACAUACAGCAUACAACAUGAUACAUUAAAAUUUAACUUUAAAAAGGUGAAUGAAAAUAAGGGUUGGUGGAGUGAUUUUGUUGAGAAGUAUCACAAGAUUAAAAUGUCAAAGACAUUAAAGUUGUCUUACAAAUACAGUAAAAGUUAUCACCAGGGUCCUGCUUUACCUUCAUCCUGCAGGAAUGAUUAAAGUAGAAUAAGGUUAUGGUAGACAACCAGACAAUCUAAAUUAGAUGAAAACCGAUGCUACAUCACAGCCUCUAAGUAUCUUGUUAGUUGCAGCACAGCAGGAUUCCUGAACACGUGAUAAAUCUCAGAGCCAGUUCAGAAACGGACCCCGCCCUUCAAACAUGCAAGACAUUGAUUUUUUUGUCCCAUUUUUAAUGUGUGGGGAAAAAAACCCACAAAACUGCUCCAACAUACAAAACAAAUAGACAAAACCUCAGCUCCAGCAGGCUGGGGGGUCUGAAAGAUUUGGCAUGAUAAAUAAGUUAUAGAUCCGACAAUAAAGGCAAAGUGCCAUAGAGGCCUAAAACAUUCAGGAGACACCAAGUCACAGAGAAAAGUUCAGUAAUGAAGCCCAAGAAAGCCCCCGCUGAAUUCCAAACAAGAACAUUUCGCUCUUGCCAAAGUUUAAGUGGAUGAUUUCAGUCACACAUAUAUAUUUCAUGAGGUUAAUGGGCCCCAUCAAGUUGUGAUUAGAGAAUCUUCUGGGAGGCUUUUAUGCCAGACUGACAGCUAGAAGGGCUGCAGCUUGAUGUAGACGUCAUUAACAGGUCACAGACAAUAACUCUGCAUGGGAUACUCCUUGUCACUGUAUCUAUUAUACAGUAUAUGCUCAAGUAAGUUGUAAAAUUAACCAUUGGCCUGCAACAUAAGCCAGAAAGUGCAUGUUAUUAUUUAAUUUAAUAUUCUAUUCUAUUAAAUACAUAAAUAAACCACUACAUUAUGACCAAACGUUGCCAAAUGGUUAUAUUAAUGGUUAAGUGAACGUCACUUACUGCAUGCUUUCACUGAAUUUAUCAAGCCAGCCCUUAUGGAUAAAUUAUUAUCAUGCAGCGUUCUAGCUCCAGGAAACCCUUAUCUACAUUCACCGUCCAUUCAAAUUUAUAGUUUAUGUCCUGAAAUAUGAGCAUCUUAAAAUCAUGAGAAAUGAGUUUCAAUCCAAAAACAACAUUAUUUCUUUCAAGUUUCUGUCUUGGGACACGUGGACUUUAAUGGGGCAAUGAUGUGACCUCUGGGAAUGAGACCUAUUGCUGUAGCUUUCAGUGAGUGACAAGGGACUUCAAGCCAAGGCUGCCUUUUCACUGUGUUUACUUUAAUAAGAAUAAUAACAUUACUACAACUAAUACUAAUUAUAAUGAUCGUGAAAAUGUUAUUAUUAUUAUUAUUAUUAAUAUUUUUUUGUCAUUAUUUUUAUUAUUAUUUUUAUUAUUGUUGUUGUUGUUGUUGUUGUUGUUGUUGUUGUUAAUAAUAAUAAUAAUAAUAAUAAUAAUGCCAAGCCCAGCCAUUCGUGUAGAGAAAACUUAUUUUGGCCCCUUGUAUCCUUGAUCUCAUUCUUUUAGUCACAACCCAAAGUUACUGACUUUAUGUGAGGGUUGUACGGUACAUGGACGGGUAAUUUGAAAGCUUUGCCUUCACACUCAGCUCCCUUUACACCACGGUGGUUUGAUACAACUCUCACAGUCCUGCUGAUGCAGCACCAAUCUGCCAGUCAAUCUCACAGUCUAUUUUACCCUCACUUGUGAACAAAACCCUGAGGUACUUGGCUUGGGGCAAAGACUCUCUCCCCUCAGUGCAGUGUCCUCUGUUUUCCAGCAGAGAAUUAAACAAAUUUAGAGAAAAGUCAAAUGAAUCGAGCUGGGCUUCGUUCUUGAAGGUUGGGGCCGUUAGAUUUGAACUAAUGUUGUCUAUUUGAAUUAUCUGGGGCCAUAAAUCAUCUUUUGUUUUCACAAAUAGUUCAGUUUUGUGGUUAAUUUAGCAACGUUAUCAUGAAGUGCGUCAUGUCUACUUUUAGAGCUCAUGAUUCAGUCACCACUGACCAUUUGAGAUGAAUGAUUUCAGAUAACAGGACCUUUGCUUCCUCUGACUUAGAUGACUCAAACAUACACGCAAGACUGCAAUACAUUUCUGACCAUAUGAGCUGUCAUGCUCACAAGCCAGGCAGGUAUCAGUCAAAAUUUGAAAGGCCAUGCCUACACAGAGAAAAAAAUUCCAUCAGUAAACUGAGACUUUUAAUAGAUAUGAACAUUUAGUCUCACUUCAGUUUUAAUGCUUGACGAGAAUCUUAACUUUGCUAUCAUAUAAGCACUUAAACGAUUUAAAGCUGUAUUUCCAGAAGCUUUGAGGGGUAAACACAGGAGUGAGCUUAAGGAGAAACCUCUAAGCUAUAUUAAGUGGCAUCAGUUCCAUCCGAUUUACAUCGUCAUUGUUGUUUAUGCAACUUUCUGCAUUUAUCACAAUGGUAGGCGCACCAGCAUCAUCCUGACAAAAGCAUCUUGGGACUCGGCCUCACAGAUGCCAAAAAUAGUAGCCACAUCCAGCUUAACAGACACUCGGGGGAAAAGCUUCAGCAGAGAGAAACUCAACAUGUUUACGCUUACAAAGCUCUCACAGAUCUUGAGUGACAGAGACUGAGACUCUAAAAGUUAAAGUAAUGGCUGUAAUGAGCUCUCUGAGGAUAGGGUGGAAAGGUUAUGUAGAAGCAUAAAAGACAGCUCAGCCUGGUUUUAAAAAUAUCUGCAACAAACUUGUAUUAUUUCAGGCCACUUGAGCAAUAAGAAAUAAAAGGAGGCUUAAAUAUGAUACCACUUUGUCUGAAAAACAACAUACCUAUAGUACAAAUGAAAGUGACUGAUGAAAGUGAGUCUGUCGUGUUGAAUUAACCACACAAUACACCUUGUUCCAAUACUGAACAGAGAAGAGCCGAGCCUAGAAAUAAAGAUCAAUAUGAGCUGUAAUAAAAUACCUUAGAUUUAGUUUAAUGCAUCCUAAUUCAAUUGAAAUACCAUUAGAUCUAAGAGCUGACAGUCCUAUUGAACCAUCACAGAGUGAGGUCACUUAUUAGAAAGAGAAAAACUUUUAGAUCCUCAGAACAUCCAGACAUGAUUGUUCAAGUUGUAAAAUCUAAUGUGCAUAACACAAUAACUGACUUUAAUGCAGUCCAAAAAAAACUUCCAAAUAUUAACAAGAGGCUGUUUUGACUGAGAGCUUCCAAAAUUACUUUAUCCCUCUGUGUUACUAUGGACUCAAAAUAGUUUGUAAUUUUAAAAGGAUUGAGAGGCAAAGAAGAUAUUCUCACACAACUGCAUCCCAAAAAUGAAAAAAUGAAACAAUCUCAAUCAUGAAUUUUAAUGUUCGUUAUCUCAAUCUGGAUGUUCUCUUAGAUUCCUCUCAACAUCAAACCUUCUUCUCCGUAAAUGUCUUUAAAAAUAAUGUGAUCUUUAUACAAACAGUAUAGUAACUAUUCUAUAGUUUCUCCUGACAGUCUCAGUUAUUUUGUAAUCCUGUUAAAUUACUCUUGGUCUACACAGUUUGUUCCAGCUUACAGCCAUGAUGCGUCCUCCACUUUGCUGGCUGCAGUGCAACACAACUCAACCUGGGAGCUCUGGUCAUGAAACAUGCCUAGAAGUUUCAAAUACCGUAAGUUCACAUUCAGGGCAUGGAGAUUUGGUAAAAUAAGCAGCAGAUUUCUUAGCUAAAAUGUGUCAACAGCAGCAUUUCCUAUACAGAUGUUCUGAUGGUGGGUGUAACUGCACUUAACCUGAAGAUAGAAUUACAAAAUGAGCAACAAGAGUCAGCAACCAUAACUACGGCUGCAGCUUGAUUUAAACAAGUUUACAAAAUACAACAUGUUUAUGAUGGUACUGAGAAACUCCCAGUCUGUUAAAAUGUUCAAGAACAGUUUUAAUAGAAGAUUGUUGACCUCAGUAGCUGAAGUUGAUCAUAUCGAUGUAAUGUAUUCUGCUACUUGGGAGCAGGGCAAACAAUGAUAAAGCAAAAAUAUGCAUGGUUUCAUUUGAAAGUUAUGAAAGAUGUUUACAUUUCCCCUCUUAUGAUAAAGUUCUCACCUUAAAGUCAAUGCAGAGGGAAAAACAAACAGCCACAUAGGUGGACUAUUUGCAUCAGUGCUCUUAAUCUGAGUAGCAACUUUAUAUCUUCAACCUUCUGCUUUCACACUUAGAGGAUAAAGUGCGAAAAUAAAAGUUGUUAAAAACCAUGAGCAGCCUUAGUGGAAAACUCAAGGUUCAUAAAGCGGAGUUCAUAAAGUGAUUCAGGCAUAUAUAGUUUGGAAAUUUCAAACAAGAGACCUUUAAGUCCAUGCAGAGAUAAAUGGUUUGGCAGUAAAGUAAAGUGAGGGGACGUCCAAAUGUAGACUUAUACCUGGUUUAACUAACUCUAAUAGACAAGAUAACAGAGGAAAGAGAGGAAAUAUUUGAAGAGACACAUGCAAACACACACUGCUAUUGUGUAGGAAUCUGUAGAGUUAGACUCACUAUUUAAACAGACCAGCUCAGUCAACAGAAAUUCAUCCUUCCUCUCUCAGUGAUACCUGUGUUACUAAGUGGGCCACAUGUAUUUUAAUACAUUAAAUCUUAACAGACACACAGUGUCGAAAAGGACGUGACAGAAUUGUACUAAAUGUGCAGAAGAGCUGCAGUUUGUCAUCAAAAAGUCUUUUUUAAUUUGUCUUAUCAACCUGUAGAGGAUCAAAUUGAUCAUUUUAAGCCUGUAUAAUAUUCUGAAAAACCAUUGGACUCAUAUUGCUUGGGCGGAAUCUACCGCAGGCUCUUCUGAGUGUGCAGUCUCUCUCUUUAUAGCUGCAGUUCCUCUGUUUGUCCAAUAGAUGGCCUUAUUCUCGAGUAGAUGAGCCGAGACACGGCAGCAGAGUGUUAUCUGUCCUCAAGACCUGCAGAUUUGUGUAAACUAACAGACCAAGAAAGUGGGCAUCAAAUAAUUCAAUUUUAAAAACCUGCAUAAACUUACCCUUAAUAAUAAUUAUAAUAAUGAAAACAAUGACAGUGAUCUUCAUUGUUUAUACUUUCACAGUCAGUUUAGUUUCAACUCUUCUUACAUCAUAUUGCAGAAAAUCUAUUUUGGUGUUUGACCAAAAUUUAUGCGAUGCAAAAUGCAAGGGAUGAGAGUAAAACUAGUAGAUCUCAUAUGGAAAUAAUGUAAAAUUAAGUUGAAAUGGAAACGAUCUUUAGUCCUUUUGUGCAGAAUGGUUCAUUUAUACUUUAAUGUUGACAAGCAUAAAAUAUUCCUUUACAUUUUCAGCAGCUUAAUGCUUCAUGACGUGAUCAGGCUUGGUCUUUAUUGUGGAAAAUUUUGAAUGCAGAAACUUUCCCAUUUAUUUAAUGAUUAUAAUUUCAUUAUCAUAUAUUUCAUUUCAUUACAUAAAUAUCACUUUUUAUCAUGUAAUCAUUUUCUUACUGUAACCCCCAUUUUAAGUUAAAAAAGUACUUUUUAAGGACACAAAAAUAUGUUGAAUUUCUUAUUUUCCAUGUUGAGGGAGAAAGCACUGCUCGAGGCCGAUUGGAGAGUCCAGUGUUGACGUCAUGACGUCAGGUCAGCAGCGCAUGGGACCCUGCAGACUCCUCGCCCGCCCCCCCCUAAGUCCGGAGCGACACACGUUAUCAGGGAGGCAGCAGAGGGGCCAGUCAUCUUCUCACAUCUUUUCUGCAUCGACCACAAUCCCCUUCAUCCUUCCUGUAUGGUGGAUAUUAUUUUCAGCUCUUCUUUCUUGGGUGAUAUGGGGGAUCAUUCCAAAAGUAAGUCCCACAAACUGCUCGCUGGACUUUCUGAGUGGCAGAUUUGGUUUUCGUCGCAGUGGCAUUAGCGCUUCGUGAUAAAGCUGUAGAGCAGUGCAGCGAAUGAUUUAGACCUUUUGGAAACACCGUCUCUUUUCUGUAUAGCCGUGCAUUUUAAAAGUGAAACCAACAAUGUUUUGCUCUGUGAAUUUUGGCAAAAGUCUUCAUCUGUUACAUAACAGCAAGACUUGUUCAGUCUGCAGGAGUCACUGCAAAAUUCAGACACACAGACAUACAGGCUGGAUUUUUAAAAGGCUGUGUAAAAUAAAACAAACCAGAAUCAGAGAUAGUGUUUCUAAUGCUGUGGUGUUUUUGCAGAGAAGCCAGGAUUCGCCAUGUGUGUCGGAUGUGGAAGUCAGAUCCAUGACCAGUACAUACUGAGAGUGUCUCCCGACCUGGAGUGGCAUGCAGCCUGCCUCAAGUGUGCGGAGUGCAGCCAGUACCUGGACGAGACCUGCACUUGUUUCGUCCGGGAAGGAAAAACUUACUGCAAAAGAGAUUAUGUAAGGUAGGAGCUUGGAAAUGUUUUAAUAACAGUCUGAAGCGCAUUUACACUUUAAGAAAAUAUAAUUGAAACAUCUCAGAAUACCAAAAAGAUUUAGAAAGACGUGAAAAGUACAAAGUAUGUUUAACUAAAGAGGAUACAGCUAAAGAAAAAAUACAAAAACACAUCUGUGACAGCUGUGUUUUUAUUUUAUUUUAUUCUAAAUUACGCCACUGAUUCUGAUCCAUUUAUGUAAAGUAAAAACAAGCAUAAAGAGAUUUAAACUUACAAACCUAUCUCUGCACACACACAGUCUAAAGUUUGCCCUGUAAUUUUUACACCUCUGUAUUUUAGUCUCUCAAUUUUAUCCCAUUUUUUCUUCCCAGGCUUUUUGGAAUAAAAUGUGCAAAAUGCAAUCUGGGAUUCAGCAGCAGCGAUCUGGUGAUGAGAGCCCGGGAUAACGUUUAUCACAUCGAGUGUUUCCGCUGCUCGGUGUGCAGCCGACAGCUGCUGCCGGGAGACGAGUUCUCUCUGCGGGAAGACGAGCUGCUGUGCCGGGCGGACCACAGCCUGCUGCUGGAGAGGAGCUCUGCAGGGAGCCCGCUGAGCCCCGGACACCUCCACCCCAACAGACCGCUGCAUCUGGCAGGUCCGUACAGAUUAUUAUUAUUAUUAUUAUUAUUAUUAUUAUUAUUAUUAUUAUUAUUAUUAUUAUUAUUAUUAUUAUUAUUAUUAUUUAGUAUUUGAAGUAGCCUCAUGUCUCUGGAAAUUCAAAGAAUAUGUCGUUUAUUCCGGAUAGAUGGCCCUUACAUUUGAAAAGGAGAAAUAUUAUAGAUAUAUUUCAACAAAGUCAAAGUAAAAUAAAUAAGAAAGAAUAAACUACUCAAUAGAAUAAUUGAAUUAGAUGAAUUAUCACUUAAAAUAAUUGAUAAGGCUGGAUUGUUUUUUCUCUAAUUCCUUACAGUUAAAUGCAGAUAAUUUGUUAGGUGUGUGUGUGUGUGUGUGUGUGUGUGUGUGUGUGUGUGUGUGUGUGUGUGUGUGUGUGUGUGUGUGUGUGUGUGUGCCACCUCUCUUUGAGCUUAAUUUCAUAAUUGAUCUCAUUAGUUCUAACCUGCUCUGUUGCCAUUAUCUGAAUAAUCUUGUAGGCCCAUUUGAGUUGAGACUCAGUGUUUGUGUGUGUGCGUGCAGAGUGUGUGUGCGUGUGUGUAUGUGCGCGCGCAGGGCUGUCAUCCGGCCAACAGAAAGAGAACAAAGCAAAUAUGUGAAUGAUGUUCCUCUUUAAAGCGUUCAAUUUGGAGGAACUCACAGAGAGAGGAGUCAGGCCUACAGCGGAGACACAAGCAUGAAUUCAGAUCUGAACCGCGUCUUUUUUAAAUGUGAUGGACUUCACAGAAGCCCUAUGGAUAGCAGCAAAAUAUACCUACUAUUUGGCAGUGAUACAUUUAAGGAUUACAGUAAUCUAUAAACAAACACACAGACCUUACAUCGAAAAACCCUGGCCUCAAAACACUCAAUCUUAAAAGGAGAAAUGUCUUUUACGCAGCAAAGGAGAAAUGACUUUUACGCAGCAGACUGUGGGGAUUUCGUUCUUAUUCCCGGACAGGAUGUUGUUGCAAUAGGAUUUUAUUCGCUUUUAAAUAAAAACAAAAGAAUACCAAUCCUAUGUUUCUCUGUUAAGGAGUCAGGAAAUAGGCCUUUUUCGUCUACUUCUGGGAUUUUAUCGUAGCCUAAAUGCGUAAAAAUCAACAAAGCGCUAUAGCAUUUAAGGCCAAACGACGCAGAUACAAAUAAACAAGGUGCAAAAGUUUUCCCUGGCUCUCUGCGACAUUUUAUGACCGUGCUUUCUCUAUCCUCCCUCUUGCCCUCAGCAGACCCGGUGUCGGUACGGCAGGCUCCGCACCGGAACCAUGUGCACAAGCAGUCCGAAAAGACGACACGAGUCCGGACGGUACUGAACGAGAAGCAGCUGCACACUCUGCGGACCUGCUACAACGCCAACCCUCGACCGGACGCGCUGAUGAAGGAGCAGCUGGUGGAGAUGACCGGCCUGAGCCCCCGGGUCAUCCGGGUCUGGUUCCAGAACAAGCGCUGCAAAGACAAGAAGAAGUCGAUCCUGAUGAAGCAGCUCCAGCAGCAGCAGCACAGUGAUAAGACUGUAAGCAUCUUCGUAAGUUUGACCACUUGAUUUCUACCUACGAUUAUGUCUUUUUCCAUGUGUUUGCUUGUCUGCUUUUGCUUUGAACUCAUAAUAAAUCUAAAGUGUCUGAAAGGGUUUUAUUCCUCUUGAAAGGUUGGAGUAAAUCUUUGAGAAUUUAGUUAAAACAUGUGCAAACCAAAAGAUCUUUAUUAUGCUAUUUUUGUGAUUAAAGGCUGUCUGUUUUUCGCCCUGUGAAGAUCCUCUACUCACUUAAAAUACGACUCCUUUUGAGCUUGAGUUUUUACCUUACUUACACAGAGAAGUUGAAACCGUUCCAAUUGGCCCUAAUGUUGUUCUGUAUUCAAACUUUACAUCGAUGAAUAAUGAAUCAACUGCUUUGGCUUCAGUUGCUUGACCUGAAAGGUAAAAACAUCCUCUGCAGGAAGACUUGGCCUGCAGUUUGAGACCAUGGAUUAAUAUUUGCAGAAACCUUGGUGGGGGGGAAACCUGUCUUGGAAAUUGAUCUAAAUUACACACAAGAAUUCCCCAUUCAAUUUGAAUGGGAUGUUUUAAAAUUUUAUAUGGCGGAUUGGUGAUGGGUUGUUUUUUUUAGGACACAUGCAAAUGUGGUUAUUUACUCUUCUAAGAAUUUCAAUUUUCCCCUCAGAACUUACAGGGCCUCACAGGGACGCCUCUUGUAGCUGGAAGUCCUAUCCGGCAUGAGAGCUCAGUGCAGGGGAACCCCGUGGAGGUUCAGACCUACCAGCCUCCGUGGAAAGCUCUGAGUGAGUUCGCCCUGCAGAGUGACCUGGACCAGCCUGCCUUUCAACAACUGGUGUGUGUGAUCUAUCUAUCUAUCUAUCUAUCUAUCUAUCUAUCUAUCUAUCUAUCUAUCUAUCUAUCUAUCUAAUCUGUUUUACGCACGCUCUGACGCAUCGUUUUUUUGUUUCUGUUCAGGUGUCUUUCUCUGAAUCGGGCUCUCUCGGGAACUCCUCGGGCAGCGACGUGACUUCUUUGUCCUCUCAGUUACCGGAUACCCCCAACAGUAUGGUACCCAGCCCGGUGGAGACGUGAAACGGGGCCCCUCAGACCUGCUGGCCCCCUCCUCCUCCUCCUCCUUAACUCCUGCAGGGACAUUUGCAGCAUGAUCCCGGUCCCCUGCAUGUGACCAGCUCAUCAUCACAAACUACAGAGGAGUUUUUUUUUCCUUCUUUCUCUUUUCUUUUUCUAAAUUUGACUUCCUGAAAUGGAACAGAAGAAAGCACCGAUUGACUCCUGAUUUUGUCUUCCUUUUUGUGGAGCUUUCAUUGACAAAAACUGAGUAGGACAUUUUUUUUGCAUGACUUGAUACGGAGAGAGAAGAUGUACAGAAGAUUUCUUUGGUGGAUAUACAACAACAACAACAACAACAAAGCUCCCUCUCUGAUACAAACAGGAGACAUUUCAACGUCGAAACAGAAGGACUUUGCUGCGAUGUCUUCAUUGUGAUCAUAUUGUGUCUCAUUUUUUGAUACAUUUAUUGCGUUGUGGAGUCCAGUUGACUCUUUGUCUUAAGGUCAGAGCAUGAUAAUCUGCAAACUAUUCGUGUUGUAAAAUACUUUAUCUUACGGGCAGGAAACAGGCUGUUUGAGCUCCUCGAACAAAAAAAGUAAAUUAUUGUUAUAUUAUUUAUUGUUAGGACAGCGGUUCGUAAAGGGAUUAUUAACUGAUAAAAAAUAAUAAUAAUAAAAAAAGAUGAACACGU